AUGAAUCGUGAAGCAAGUUCAAGAGUAGUUGACCAAGAAGCUGGCUCAACUCCAUCUACAUUGAGAGCACAAAGGCUGUUUCGAUGUCUCCCUUACGAAAUAGAUCUCAAUCCCCUACGCAUUGUAAUGGCGGAAUUGGUGGGGACAUUCAUUCUAAUGUUUAGUGUGUGUGGGGUCAUAGCCAGUACCCAAUUAUCCGGCGGCCAUGUCGGAUUGCUAGAAUACGCCGCAACCGCUGGAUUAUCGGUGGUGGUCGUGGUUUACUCCAUCGGUCACAUCUCUGGCGCUCAUCUCAACCCUUCCAUUACCAUUGCUUUUGCCGUCUUUGGCGGAUUUCCUUGGUCUCAGGUUCCAUUAUAUAUAACGGCGCAAACGUUGGGGGCAACGGCGGCAACGUUAAUUGGAGUGUCAGUCUACGGAGUAAACGCUGAUCUAAUGGCAACAAAACCUGCUUUAAGCUGCGUUUCUGCGUUUUGCGUUGAACUCAUUGCUACUAGCAUUGUUGUAUUUCUCGCCUCCGCGUUGCAUUGCGGUCCUCAUCAAAAUUUGGGUAAUUUGACGGGGUUCGUGAUUGGAACAGUCAUUUCCCUUGGAGUGCUUAUUACCGGACCGAUUUCAGGAGGGUCAAUGAACCCAGCUCGAUCACUAGGACCCGCGGUGGUGGCAUGGGACUUUGAGGACUUAUGGAUUUACAUGACGGCUCCGGUGAUCGGAGCCAUUAUCGGAGUUUUGACAUACAGAUUAAUUAGCCUCAAAAGCAGGCCUUGCCCUUCUCCACAUUCCCCUUCUGCCCUACUAUCCAAUUAA